UUUCAUCAGGCUGUUACUCCUUCCCGCGCGCCUCUGUAUCCCAAUCUCCGCCUCUUCCCGUCAAUUCCAAAUCUCCCUAUCAAAUCCAAAUCCGAAUCGCCUCUUCUUCCCAUCAAUCCAAAUUCGCCUCUAUUCUUUUGAUUUUCCUUUUCUCUUCACUCAUUCCCUUUCUGGUUUGUGCGAACCCUUCUUUCAUACCGUCGGCGAUCGAAGCCCUGCAUAUCGCUGUUGCCCGUGUCGUCCUCGAUCUCGGUUUCUUGUAUUGAUUACGGAGAGGCCAUUACAUUGUCACAUCUGAUGCUGGUGACGGAGUUCUGGCUAACUCUUUGAGGACAAUAAUAUUUUGAGGUGAACACUGAGAUACUCUACAAAUUAUGGAAUGCAAUAAAGAUGAGGCCACUCGGGCAAAAAUAAUUGCCGAGCAAAAGUUAACAGAGAAGGAUUUUUAUGGUGCAAAGAAAUUUACGUUGAAGGCCCAAGCUCUGUACCCUGGACUUGAGGGUAUUUCCCAACUGUUGAUGAUACUUGAUGUAUAUAUCACUGCAGAGAACAAGAUCAAUGGGGAAGUAGAUUGGUAUGGGAUACUUGGUGUUAGCCCCUCUGCUGAUGAUGAGACAGUAAAGAAACAAUAUAAGAAGUUGGCUCUCAUGCUGCACCCUGACAAAAACAAAUGUGUUGGCGCAGAUGGUGCAUUUAAGCUAGUUUCACAGGCCUGGAGUUUGUUAUCCGAUGUGGCUAAGAAGCUAGAAUAUCAAAGGAGGAUCUCUAAAGGUUACGAACAUAGAGUUCUGAACAAGAGCGGUGGUGAGUCGGCAACCCCGAAUGCAAAAGGUUUUCACGAUUUCCAAAAUAGGGCGACUUCAAAUGAGAAGAGACAGAAUAUUGCAGCUCAGGUGCAUCCUACUACUGUUCACCCUCCAUCGCAUCCAACAACUGAUUCUUUCUGGACCACGUGCCCUAGGUGUAAGAUGCAAUAUGAGUUUCUUAGGUCAUAUAUCAACCGUAAACUUGUCUGCCCCAGUUGUCGUGAAGCCUUUAAGGCUUUUGAGACAGCUCGACCUCCGAAUUUUUCUAAGACAUUUGCUCCAAGAAGGCCAGGGGAUCGUAAUUUGUUCAACCACUCAAAUGUCCAACAGGGUCCAUUAACUAAAGCAACUGGUGUUGGCACAACAGAGUCACCGGCGUCUGUGGCUGCAAAAUCUGCAAGAGUUGUUCAGCGGGCAAAUCCGUCUACUAAAGCAGCUGGUGUUGGCACAACGGCGUCACCAGAUUCUGUGGCUGCAAAAUCUGCAAGUGUUGUUCAGCGGGAAAAUCCAUUUACUAAAGCAGCUGGUGUUGGCACAGCGGCGUCGCCAGCUUCAGUGGCUGCAAAAUCUGCAACUAUUGUUCAGAGGGUAAAUCCAUUUACUAAAACAGCUGAUGUUGGCACAACGGCGUCACCAGCUUCUGUGGCUGCAAAAUCUGCAAGUGUUGUUCAGCGGGCAAAUCCAUUUACUAAAACAGCUGGUGUUGGCACAGCAGCGUCACCAGCGUCUGUGGCCGCAACAGUUGCAAGCAUUGUUCAGCUGGCAAAUCCGUUUACUAAAACUGCUGGUGUUGACACAACAACAUCACCAGCUUCUGUGGAUGCAAAAGCUGCAAGCAUUGUUAAGCGGGCAAAUCCAUUUACUAAAACAGCUGGCGUUGACACAACAGCGUCACCAGCUUAUGUGGAUGCAAAAACUGCAAGGGUCGCUCAGCGGGCAAAUCCAUUUACUAAAACAGUUGGUGUUGGCACAACGGCUUCGCCAGCUUCUAUGGCUGCAAAAUCUGCAAGUGUUGUUCAGCGGGCAAAUCCAUUUACCAAAACAGCUGAUGUUGGCACAAUGGUGUCACCAGCUUCUGUGGCUGCAAAAUCAGCAAGUGUUGUUCAGCAGGCAAAUCCAUUUACUAAAACAGCUGGAGUUGGCACAACAGCCUCGCCAGAUUCUAUGGCUGCAAAAAUCGCAAGUGUUGUUCAGCCGGCAAAUCCAUUUACUAUAGCAGCUAGUGUUGGCACAACAGCCUUGCCAACUUCUGUAGAUGCAAAAGCUGCAAGUGUCACUCAGCAGGCAAAUUCAUUUACUAAAACAGCUGGUGUUGGCACAACAGCCUCACGAGCUUCUGUGACUGCAAAAGCUGCAAGUGCUGUUCAGCGGGCAAAUGAGAAACUGAAGAGAAAGCGUGAUGUAUCAGACGCUGCUGAUGACCGGGAGGGUCUAUUGAAAAAAGGAAAAGUUGAUGGCGGUAUUAAUGGUCCUAGACACAAGACAGCACGUCAGAUGGGCAUGAGAGAUGGUGGAAAUGGCCGAAGACGUUUAUUUGGAUUAAGAAAGGGCGGUCUUAAUACGGAUGGGGCCACUGUCUUUUCUGGUGUUAAUGAUAAGCUUAAGAGCAUGAGAGAGUUGACACCACUGGAAAUUCGGAACAUGCUAAUGAAGAAGGCUCAAACUGACAUUUCCAAGAAGUUGAAGGAGUGGAGCUCAGAGGCUAUAACCAGGCCUGUAGCCUCAAAGAAAGAGAAGGUGAAGGAAAGCAAAAAUGAAAAAGAGAAGCACUCCGUAGAAGGUGGCAACCAUAAACAAAAAGGGAAUGGAGUCUCUUCCAGUGCUGUCGAAGGAGACAUAGCCAGCAAAUAUUUCACUAAUACUUCUGCUGAUGAUGGAGAAAAAGACAUUGCACCAAUGUCAAUGAAUGUGCCAGAUCCAGAUUUUCAUGAUUUUGACCAGGACCGUACGGAAAGAUCUUUUGCAGGUAAUCAAGUCUGGGCUGCAUAUGAUGAUGAUGAUGGCAUGCCGCGUUUCUAUGCAAUGAUUCAUAAGGUAAUAUCGUUCAAGCCUUUUAAGAUGAGGAUAAGUUGGCUUAACUCAAAAACCAACAGUGAAUUUGGUGCAAUAGGAUGGAUAGGUUCUGGCUUCUAUAAAACUUGUGGGGAAUUUAGGAUGGGCAAACAUAAAUUCACUGGGUCUCUAAAUUCAUUUUCACACCAAGUUAAGUGGGCAAAGGGUCCACGUGGAACUGUUUGUAUAUAUCCCAAGAAGGGCGAUGUGUGGGCACUCUACAGAAACUGGUCCGUUGAUUGGAAUGUGCACACCCCUGAUGAGGUGAUACAUAAAUAUGACAUGGUGGAAGUGCUUGAAGACUAUAAUGAGGAUCAAGGUGUAUCUGUUGCUCCUCUGAUCAAGGUUGCCGGUUUCAGGACAGUUUUUCUUGCACAUGCAGACCCUGAGAAGGUAAGGCAAAUACCAAAAGAGGAGAUGUUUCGGUUCUCUCAUCAGGUCCCAAACUAUUUGCUAACAGGCCGAGAAGCUCAAAAUGUUACCAAGGGCUGCCAUGAACUAGACCCGGCUGCUACUCCUAUGGAACUUCUUCAAGUAAUUACAGAAGCUAAUGGGGCAACGGUGGAGAAUGAGGAGAAAGCUGAGACAAUGAUGUUGCACAGUUCCGCUGAAAUUAAGGUCGAUGAGAUUGUGACUAGGGCUACGGAGGCUAAUGACGAAGAGGAAGCAAUUGGUGCGGAAACCAAGGAUGGCUGAUAGUCAUCCUGAAGUUUCCAAGGUAGCCGGUUCAAUAAUGCCUAAAAAUCUGAAGCAGAUUCAAGAAAGUUGGAGAUGCAUGGCUUGCGCGCUUUUGGUUAUUUGGGCUAGAGCUAAAAUAGGACGGCAUCUUGGCAAAGAAGUGGAUGAAAGGUGAAUAUACAGAAGUUCUUACAUUUUGUUGCUGCAUAAUUUAGACUGAAAUAGAAAUGCAUACCUCAGUUCCUUUUGCAAUUUAAUAUGGAUUACAGCAUCUGAAAACAUGGUUUUUGUUUAUCUUUUUUGGUUAGUUGGAAUAUUUACCUACCUAUUUUGGAUCCACCUCAUAGGUUUAGGAAUAUCAGUUUAUUGUAAUUUUAACAUUUAGACUGCAACAGCAUAUGGAAUCGUUUGUUAGUUUCUUCAGUGUCAAUCAAGUGCAUGCAAAUGAUCACCCUAUC